AUGGAGAAUGGCAUCACCAUCCAGAAGCCUGAGCAGAGCAAUGAUAUGCAAAGCUCACCACCACCAGAACCAUCAUCUCAUUACUUCCCUCUCAAGCUAGAAGAGUAUGAACCUCCAGGCCUCAGUGUCAAGAAGCUCCUCAAGAAAACCAGAGAGAAUUGCAAAUGCGACCGACAAAGUAUCAUCAGCUUCUUCCUUAAACUGUUCCCUGUAGUAGAGUGGCUUCCCCGUUACAAUAUCAAGGAACAACUGCUUGGGGACAUCAUCUCUGGCAUACUGGUUGGAAUAGUUGCCAUCCCUCAGUCGAUCUCCUACUCUCUCUUAGCAAGCCAGGAUCCUAUCUACGGACUAUACACAAACUUCUUCUGUGUCAUUAUCUACUUUGCCAUGGCAACCUCACGCCACAAUUGCGUUGGGUCUUUCGGGGUCCUUUGCCUGAUGAUUGGGGAAUCAGUAAACCGGCAACUGAGGUUAGCAGGAUAUGAUUUAGAUGCAGAUACCGGCUCACUCGUGAAUGCCACAAUGAAUGGGACAGUUGCCUGUGACAAAGGUUGUUACGCUAUCACUGUGGGAACUGCUUUAACUUUUUUGGUUGGGAUUUACCAGAUACUUCUGGGGGUCUUCCAGUUGGGCUUCCUAUCCGUGUAUCUUUCGGAACCUCUCCUGAGUGGCUUUGUGACUGGAUCCUCUCUUACCAUCCUUACUUCCCAAAUGAAUCUCCUGCUGGGACUGAAAAUCCCCCGCCAUGAUGGAGUAGGUUCCCUUAUCUUAACUUGGGUUGACAUAUUCAGAUACAUUAGCAAGACCAACAUCUGUGACCUAGUCACCAGCCUAAUUUCUUUGGCUCUCAUCGUGCCAGUAAAGGAGAUCAACAACUUCUUUAAAGACAAAAUGAAGGUUCCAUUUCCCAUGGAACUCCUGGUUGUCAUUGCAGCUACUCUGUUUUCAUAUUUCUUUAACUUUAAUGAGAGAUACAAAUCUAAAAUCUGUGGCACCAUUCCCACUGGUUUCAAGAAACCUGCUGUGCCAGAUCUGAGCCUUUUGUCAAAUCUGGCACUUGACGCUCUACCCAUUGCCAUCAUUGGCUUUGCAAUGACUGUCUCCCUCGCAGAAAUAUUUGGCAAGAAGCAUGGCUAUCCUGUCUGGGCCAACCAAGAGAUGAUUGCCAUUGGCAUGGGGAACCUUAUUCCAUCUUUCUUCUACUGCUUUGCCUCCUGUGCAGCCUUGUCAAAGACCUUGCUGAAGGAAUCCACGGGAUGCCAGACCCAGAUCUCAAGCAUGGUAUCUGCAGUUGUGCUGCUCCUGGUGUUGUUGUGGAUUGCCCCUCUCUUCUAUUCAUUGCAAACCUGUAUCCUGGGGGUGGUUACCAUUGUUAACCUCAGAGGAGGCUUGCGGAAAUUUGCCGACACUCCCAAGAUGUGGCGGAUCAGCAAGAUAGACACCAUGGUCUGGUGGGUCACCAUGCUGUCCUCGUCACUCAUCACUACAGAGUUGGGCCUCCUAGUAGGGGUCUGCUUUGCUCUCCUCUGCAUCAUCUUCCGCACCCAGAGGCCCCGAGCCACCCUUCUUGGCAAGGUGAACAACUCUGAAAUCUAUGAGGACCAGUUUACUUACAAGAAGAUCAGCAGUAUUGCGAACAUCAAGAUCUUCCGUUUUGAUACUUCCCUUUACUAUGCAAACAAGGACUACUUCAAAAGUUCACUUAUCCAGAAAACAGGAGUGAAUCCUUCUCUGAUUGCUGCCAGGUGGAAAAAAGCUGAUGAGAAAGCAAAGGCAAUCCUGAGCAAGAAUGAAAACUGUUUUUUUCCUAAGUUUAACUGCCUGAAGGGCACCAAGAGAGGAGCCGCAAAAGUUUCAGCAGCGGAUGCUCCUGGUCCAUCCAUAGACAUGCAUACUUUAAUCAUUGACUGCGGUGCCAUGCAGUUUGUAGACAGCGUGGGCCUUAGUGUGCUGAAGGAGACUCGCCACGACUACAAGGAGAUUGGCAUCCAGGUCAUUUUAGCCAAUUGUAACCCAUCCAUCCGGCACCUACUCCAGGCAGGUGGUUGGCUCACUGGGAUGGAAGAUUCAGAGCUGCUGUCCUUCCACAGUAUACAUGCUGCUGUGCAGUUUGCAGAGAAACAGUACCAAGCUCAACAGAAGGAGAGCGAAGUGGCCAGGGAUGUCUUUCUUAGCCCGGAAGACAAUGAUAUCUCAGUAGCCUCUGCUCUGGAGGGACAACUGUAG